UCUUAAUUUGUUUACCAAACCAAAUCAAAUUCCUCACAUUAAUUAAUUUUUAUUUAAUUUUGUAUGCAUUAAUUAAUUUAUCUUUAUAUUUUUCCCUUUCUAUUUUUUCUUCCCACAAAAAAAUAUAUAUUUAUAGUCUUGUAGAAGGCUAUCUGCAGUACUGCUCGUUAUCGUCUGUGUUCCUGGUCCUGGACUGAAACAGAUUAAGACAUAAUCCGACCAAGGUAAUCAUCGUUCGACUUCGACCUGCAACCUGUUUGCUGAGAUAUCGGAAAAUUCUUGCUACCCAGAAUCGUCAAAUUCUUGCAAAGCUAGAUAUUUUGUCAAUAGAAAUAGGGUUAGUGUUGUAGAAGUUGAAGAGGGAGUUCAAAAAGAGCAAAAGAUAAAGAUUUGGGGAAAGAAAUUUCAUGGCUGAUCACUCGGAUGAUUUGGAUCAACUCCUUGACAGUGCAUUGGAUGAUUUUCAGAACCUUAAUCUCACCUCCUCCGCACAAAGAGGCUCGGGUAAUAAUGAUGGUAACCUAGGAGAGGGAAAGAAAGAGAGCUCUACAAUGAUGAGUGGAAGCGUUCAAGGAUUGGGGAUGGGGUUGCCUGAUUUGAAGAUUAAGAAAAAGGGCAAACAAAAAGUUUCACUGCCUAAGCAGGAAUCACAUAUUUCUGAGGCGCUCGAUAAGCUGAGAGAGCAAACAAAAGAGGCUGUUAAAGGGUUAGAAUCGGUGUCUGGGCCCAAACCACCAGUUGAAGGAGACCUUGGAGGUGAUGCAAUGAUAGAGGAUUGGGUCAAGCAUUUUGAAGAGCUUGCCGGAACACAGGAUAUGGAGUCAAUUGUGGAGACCAUGAUGCAACAGCUUCUCUCCAAGGAAAUCCUUCAUGAACCUAUGAAAGAAAUUGGUGAACGGUACCCAAUAUGGUUACAAGAGAACAAAUCUAAACUAACAGAUGCAGAAUACGCACAAUAUUCUCACCAAUACGAGCUCAUAAAAGAUCUAAACCAAGUGUAUGAAACUGAGCCUGAUAACUUCAACAAGAUUGUUGAGCUCAUGCAGAAGAUGCAAGAGUGUGGCCAACCACCUAAUGAUAUUAUGCAAGAACUUGCUCCAGGAUUAGAUCUAUCAACUUUUGGACAAUUGUGAGUACAUCUAAGUUACUUCAUGCUGUUCAAACAUUUGAAACAUAAUAAAAAUACCCUCUUUAUGUUUGUUAUGGCUUGUUGGCCAACUUUUUCCUGUCCCUCUGAAAUCUAUCUCGACAUUGCUGAUACAAUAAUGAAACAUUCGCCUUGCCUCGUGCAGGUCUCCAGAGAUGCUCGAGUCUC